AUGCGUACGCAUUCUACGUUUUACGUCAGUCGUAUCCGCCUGUACUAUCAGCACGAUCCCGUUUCGAGAUGCGAAGGACACUUCCGCGGUCGAAAUCCGAGACCACCUACGAGUAGUCCCGUUUCAGCGGGCCAGUCUGGUCGACUAGCGAAGCGACCUGUUCACGCGGUUGAGCGAUUUCUUGACGAUCUGCAGCCAGCUAGUCACGAAGAGAACGAAUCGAACGUGUUCCUCAAGUUGUGCAAGCGCAAACGCGGCACGAUCGUCUGA